GUGUCAAUAAAUGAGUGAUAGCAACUGUUUGAAAAAUUAUUUUAUUAGUAGGUAUAUUGCAACGCUUUUUAUAUAGAAUUUUUAAAAUGAUUCUUUCAAUGGUAAUUAACCUAUUAAAUUUACUUUUUUUUACUAUUAUUUAUUCAAUUAAGGGUGCAAUUAUCAAUAAUUAUUGGCCAAAAACUAAUGAGCUGGCACAACAUGUAAAUCAAUUAAAGCAUGAUCAGCCUGAUUUAGUAGAACAUCAUUUUCAAUCACAUAAAAAUUCAAAUCAUAUAACAAACGAAUUGAAUACAGUUCCUCGUUGUAUGAUCGAUUUAUUAGGUCCUUCAUUAGGACAAGAAAAUAUAUAUUCAAAACCCGUUUACGAUUUACAAGGACGACGACCCGUUUUUAAACUAGAAAAAUAUUCAUAUCAAAAUAAAAAUGUGCAAACGGGAAACUAUAGUUACACAAAGAAAACCAGAAAGCCAAAAAAAGUAGUUGAAUAUGAAGUAAUAGAAGAAAUUACGGAAGAAACUGUGGAGAAUGACGACGAUGACGAUGACGAUGAUAGUGAUGAUGAUGACGAUUCCGAAGAUGAUGACGAUGACGAAAACGAUGAUGAAGAUGAUGACGAUGAUGACGAUGAUGAUGACGACGAAGACGAAGACGAUGACGAUGAAGACGAUGACGAUGAUAAUGACAAUUAAAAUAGUAAUUAAUAAGAUAAUUUAAACGUUAUUAUACCAGUAAAAAUGUCAAUAAAUGUAAUAAAUCAAAAUAAUUAAAAUCAUACAAUAAAAACAUCAUUUUUUUUUAAA